AUGAAUCAGCAGGAAGAAGCUACUAGUAUCCUGUUCAAGCGCCACGGAGACCUCCAUUUUGCCAACCUCAAAUACGGCUAUGUGGUGCUUCUGCUCUCGUUGUUGUAUCUGGUCUACGAGCUUGUUGUUGGCUAUAAGUUUACCCGAACGCUGAAAGAUAACGGUAACCGGCGGAACAUUUGGGCCAUCCUUCACUAUGCUUCCCCCUUGAAGAAAGUGUUUGUUUGGCUCGUAGCAUUGACUGUCUUGGAGCUGAUUGGAGUGUUUCACUACCAUGAUAAACCUGGCCUGUUCUUGAAACGCUUGGGAAGAAUGGCCGUGGCCCUGUUGCCAUUGGACAUCAUCAUUGCAUUCCGACCUAGUGUCGUGCUUUUUCAGAACUACCUGGACCUGAUUAGCGUCCAUCGUUGGUUGAGCAGGGUCAUCCUGUUGUUUAGUUUUCUGCACAGUAUCGGAUUCUUCAUCAAAUGGAUAGUCGAAGGUAACCCCCAUUUUUUGUUGCUGAAAUGUGAUAUUGCCUAUAUAUUACUGGCUGCCUUUGUGGUUCUGUUUGUUGUCUCUAUCAAGCCCGUUAGAGUGGCUAACUACAAAACCUUCUUUAUUGUUCACACUCUCGUCGUGGGCAUGUUUGUGGGCCUCAUUCAGAUUCAUGCAAAACCCGGAGUAUUGUGGUACGUUGUGGCAUGCUCCAUUCUGUUGGCCUAUCAGCUGUUUGUGACCUUCUUCUACUUAUGCCGAACAAAAUCCGAUUCAAUUGAGGAUAACGGAGGCGACCUCUCAGUCAUAUCUAUCGAUAGAAGAGGACUGCCAAUACCAGAGGAUCAACUUUUGCCGCAUUUAAGAAUCUCUGCAGAUUUUACCUCUUCUUGGCGGAAAUUUCAUAAGAUUCUUUACCCAUCCCAUCCUUAUACGAUCGCCAGUUACGAUGAAGACCAUUUUCAUCUUAUCGUGUCCAAUAAGAACAGAUUUCAAUGGGACGCUACCCCAGUGUACCAUCUAUCCACAAUCCUUUACACCUCCCCCCUAAUUGCUCCAACAAUGGCAGAGUCGAUUAAUAAUGCAAUCAUCAUAGUGGCAGGUUCAGGAAUCUCAAUGGGUAUUCCGCUGUACCAUCUUCUUUCUUCGAAUACAGAGGCAAAUAUUCAGCUGGUUUGGAUUCUACGAAACAAGGCCGACGUCUAUAUUUUAAAGAGAUUUGGGGUCAAAGGAGCCAAUGUUCACAUUACCAAAGAAACUGAAGAGUCUCAAUCUAACGUGGUUCAAGACGAAGAAUUUGAACAUUUCCUUACCGAUAAGAAUGAUACGGAGCUCCAAGACUUGGAUCCAGCAACAAACCUUCCUGACGACCAUUUAGAAGCUGAACUGAAGCGAGAUUUGGAAACCGACUUAGACCCACACGUCUCCUCAUCCUCUGAAGGUCAUAAAGAAGAAGAAACUCCAGAAAAAACUAUUUAUUCAUUUGGGCGUCCAAAAAUCAUUGACAUAAUCGAAAACUACUCCUCAUCUUGUCAACCGUCAAGCCAAAGAUGGGUGUUUUCAUGCGGUCCUCAGUCGUUAGUGGACGACGUUGAGGAUGCUGUUGAUCUCUCUAAUGAUGGAAAGCUUGACUCCGACAAAAUCUUUUUUGCCAAAGAAGUGUAUUCCAUGUGA